AUGUUAGCUUCAACGUCUCUAAAUGUAGGCUCUCUGGGUGGCCUGAUAAUGAAUGCACCCACAUCCAAUUCACACAAAUCUUUCUUACUCAAUGCAGCAAAAUCAUUCCCUUCGUUAACUUUCCCCUCAAAAUUCAGCGGCGCCACCGCCUGGAAAUCAGCCACCCCUGUAAAAACAGCCGUAGCUGCGGUGGAUUCCUCUGAUCCCACUGAAAAGGAACAGGAGCAAGCUGAGAAGAAGAAGUAUUAUUUUGUUGUAGCGAAUGCGAAAUUCAUGUUGGACGAGGAAGAGCAUUUCAAGGAGCUAAUGUUUGAGCGCCUUCGGAAUUACGGAGAACGUAACAUAGAGCAGGAUUUCUGGCUUGUGAUAGAACCCAAGUUCUUGGAUAAGUUUCCCGACAUUACCAAGAGACUAAAGAGGCCUGCUGUGGCCCUUGUUUCUACCAAUGGCCCCUGGAUAACGUACAUGAAACUAAGACUCGACCGGGUUUUGCAAGAAAGCUAUGAAGCUGACAGCAUAGAAGAAGCUUUAGCUUCUAAUCCCGUUGAUAUUGCCUUUGAAAAGCCAGAGAAGUGGACGGCUCCAUACCCUAAGUAUGAAUUUGGGUGGUGGGAGUCGUUUCUACCCUCCAAGACAUCAAAGGUAUGA